AUGGAUUCCAUAGGCGUAUUUAACGAGGUAGAAAUCAAUGGAAACCCGACUUUCGUAUUCACAACAUCCCAACAAAUACACAGUCCAGACUCCUCCGGUGGAUGCGACCUCCCUCUUCAACCUCUUUUUCUAUGCCCAUUGACACGCUUUGCUUUGGUAGAAAGAAGAAAAGAAAACAUAGAGAGGUUCAGAAACGACGACACGUUUGUCCCGGUCUACGAUUCCCCUCACUUUCCCGACAGCAGAGGUCAGCUAGACCUAGUCGAGUCUUUGCCUUCUGAAUCCGGACGGAACGAGCCAAUUUGUAAGCUUCCCGUAAUCCCUCUGUAUUGGUGCAACAAUGAUGAACCUAGUAAAGAAAUCAUCUGUAUAUGUGGAAACUCAAAUGUCGGCACAGAUUAUUAUUUCUGCCUAGAGUGUGAUCUGCCGAUAUACCACAAAGAGUGUGUUGAGUCUCCACUUGUAAUCAAACAUCCUUUCCACCCAAGGCACUCUCUCCAACUUUUCAUGGCUCCUCAUGGAUGCAAUUGUGACAGCUAUUUUGUUCACACAAGAUGUGCGUUGCGGGGAGAUGUGUGGGAUGGUCAAGAACUCGAAGGAGUGCCUGAAGAACCCGACGUAGUUGCUGAGCCAUUUGAGACGAUAGCUGAUGGAGUAAUACUCCAUUUUACUCAUGGCCAUCAUAUGCGACUCGAGAUGAGUUUGAUUUACGACCACACAAGAGUUUGCCAAGCAUGUGUCCUUCCGAUCUACGAGGGUGGUUUCUAUGCAUGCAUGGAUCAGUGUGACUUUAUCCUCCACGAUGCAUGUGCAAAUGCUCCCCGGAGGAUACAUAAUGCGUUACAUCCCCAUCCACUUACGCUCAAGGCCGUCGUCACCAAUGGUCAGUUUCAUUGUAAAGCUUGUUGGCAGCGUGGAUGUGGGUUUGCUUAUGAGUGUCAAGUAGAUGAAGACUGCUUCAAACUAGACGUAACGUGUGCCUCGGUAUCUGAGCCUUUUCAUUAUCAAGGCCAUGAACAUCUUUUGUUCCUAGCCAUGGAUCCAGAGGAGAAGCCGAAAUGCCACGUUUGCAAAUCAGAGCCGAAAGGCCACGUGUUAAACUGCAUCGAAUGUGAUUUUGUGCUAUGUUUCAUGUGCGCUACCUUGCCAUACAAGGUAAGGUAUAAGCACGAUAGACAUUACCUCACAUUUCGCCAUUGGGGAGAGGCAAGUGACUCAGAUUGGUGUGAGAUAUGCGAAGGGAAAUUGAUAAUUGGGACAAAAGAUCUGUUAUAUGAUGGCCAAUACGCCAAUGAAGGAACGACAUGGUUCGAUGAGAUGCUAUCUGCUGAUGGCCGCCAAUACGCCAAUGAAGGAACAACGGGGUUCUAUGAGUGCAGUGAGUGUUGCACCACGCUUCAUAUUCAUUGCUUACUUGGGAAGCACAGAUAUAUGAAGCCUGGUCAGACUAUCACAGUGAAGAGGACAAUGAUUGAUGAGUUUUUAAUCUUUAAAAGAAACUGUCAUAUUCUUCACAACAAUUCUAAUCCUCGACCAACUUGCAGACAAUGCCAGCGUCGCUGUCCAUUCAAUACUGUUUACAAAGUUGGUACUCUAACCUAUUGUUGUUUGGAUUGUGCCACUCUUGAUGUAUAUGUGUGA